CAGGAAGUGUAUCCCUGUGCUGCUAACGGAAGAGAAGUGAACCGCAACACAACGUUCACCGAAAGAGCGGAGUUUAUACAUCAUAUAAUUUCUCGCUGAUUAAGGGAGGGCGGUGAUACCAUGUGGUAGUCACAUGAACGACAAGGAUGAGGCAUAAACAAGGAGGGGGAGCCGCUGCACACUGUCCGCUAUAGGGAGGGGGUCUGCUGCUUGUAAAGGCCCUGCACAUGCAGCCCCCUGUGUUCCCCUUUACGGAACAUAUGCAAUGAGCAACAGCACCACUCAGCCCCCUGCCAUCAUAAAUGGGGAUGUGGCAGUCGGCUAUGUGUUGGUGCCAUUUUUCCUCAUCACCAUCAUUGGAAUAGCUGCAGCUGUGGUCAUGUACAUCCGUAAGAAAAGAAGAGUUGACAGACUGCGGCAUCAACUGCUGCCAGUUUACACAUAUGAUCCAUCAGAGGAACUUAAUGAGGCUGAACAAGAGAUUUUGUGGAGAGAGGAGGACACAAGGGUUGUGCAAGGCUGGGCCAGAAGUUAUCAACAGCGACGCCCUCUUCUGACCAAAGAUGUCAAUGCAUGAUGGUAGCAGGACACACUGUUCAACGUUGUCACUGGAGAUGACCUUCGGCCAUAUAAAUAAUUUGUUUUCGAAGUCAUGCGCAGGACCAUGUUUUUUUUUCUGUGCUGUGAUUUGCCUUAAGCAGAUCAACAACAGACUGCAUUUUUGUCUGGUUCAUUUACAGACGGACUAUCAGUUUGUGUGAUUGGGAUGCCAUAUCUGUGUGCCUAACAGAUGCAGUACCUUCAAUGUAUUUAUUCUGAAAUUAUUUAUUCAAACUUUCUACUGAGGUAUUCAAUAGAAAUCCUCAGAAUAAAGAGAGGUAGUCUGUCUCUACCUACAGAUGCAGCUCUUGUGGGAUUACAUGCACAAUGUUGAUGGCAGUUGUGUUGCAGUGAAGCUUUGUACUGACAUGAAAUAAGGGGUGUAUUCACACUGGGGUACAGUAUGAAUGUUCUGCACUUCUUAAAAAUGUCACUUCUGCCUGGUGACUUUGUGACAGAAUAAUGCUUGGACUUUUUUGCGUAUGUUUGCAGUGUAUCAAAAUCAAAUUUGACUUCUUAGAUUAAAUGUGGUUCUGCUGCCACUUUGUUGACACAAAGAUAGCACUAUGACUUUUAAAAUGAGUCUUGAAGCAAAGGUUCAUAUAGAAAUAUAAAUAUAGAAAUAGCUGUGUAAUUAGGGGGGUCGUGAAGUUUGUGUCAGUUUCAUAUUGAGUCAAAAGUUAGAACUUUUGGUUUUAAUUUGCAGAGAAUUUAACCAGCUACGCUACAAUCCACUUCUCUUAGAGGCUUUGCCAAAUCCUAUGACUCUCAUCAAUGGCAUGAAAAGCCAGAUAUGGAAGUAAAUAACACCAACCUCCUCUCAUCCUCAGAAUAAGUCGUGACUAGUGCCCUAAAAAUGUCCUGUCUACAAGGCAUGGCACCAGCAGAUUUACCUCCAGGCGGAGAUGAAUGCCAUAGGUCUGACUGUAUCAAGCACUCAGGAAAUGUUGCUUUUUUAUUUCUUCUUGAAUUGUAACCUUUCCAAACCUUGGUUUGCCUUGCAACAGUGAAUGUACAGUACUUUAAUACAAUAGAACUCUUCUAGAAGAGAACCUAUAUUGUAUGAGUUAAAAUGUGAUUUUCUUGGUUUAAUGCCAAACUUUGAUGACAUGCUGUACAUCAAACUGAGCUCCUUCAUGGAUGUUUUCUCUUGUAUUUCUUGACUUUGAAACAUCUUUCUUUUGUGUUGUUUUCUCAUACUCUUCAUGUUCUAUGCACUGUUCUUUUUUUUUAUCGUAAAUGACAUUUGUUGUCAUCAAAACAGUUCAAGAAUGCAAUCAUGACAUGAAUUUGCACUGGUUAAACACUGGUACGCUUAUCGCAAGCUUUGAUUUGAGAUUGCACUUAAACAUAAAGGAACUACUGAUGAAGUAUGGCAGCACUGUUUUUCCUCUAGACUGUUAGAGCUUUUUGCUGUGAGAAAUAAACGACUGAUAAUGACACUGUA